UACUUUUCUUUUCUGUCGUUGCUCCGACACUUCACUUCACCAGCCUCGGCUGUUACACGGCUGCCAGAAUACUUCACCUCCUCAUCUGUUUCUGUCCCAGACUAAUACAGACUUGAGCUGUUUUUAGUGUAUCCACUAAUUUAAAGUUGUAUUAUAGUUAAUAUCGAACCUUUUGUGGAGUUUAAAGACUUUUUUUUUUUUUGUCUGAGCUGUGAAGUCUUCAAAGGCGGCAGCCUGCAUCCGCCCGUUAAAGAUUGAGAAGACUGACAAGAAAGUAGAUUCCCCGUCCUCAACUCUGAGAAGUUAGAUCUGUUUCGACAGAAUGACGGCCUUCAAGAUCGUCCAAGAGAAAGACCAGGACCUGAACCGAUCGAGGCCCGAGCCAAGAGGGUGAGACGAGCUGAGAGGGCACAAAAUGAAGUGUGUAUAAAGGUCACUGCUUCUGCUCUAUAUGCUCUAUAUGAGAGAGACAUUUUUAAGGUCAACAAGGCCACUGAAGUCUUCAGGAUUGGAGUUACCACGAGUUACGGGAUACCAAUCGCCUGCUAUGAAAACUACCAACUGUAUGCUGAUCCCUACCUCCUGAACCACCCCUGAGAAGUUUUUUAACCAAACCACAAACGUCUAGAGGAGUAAGACUGUCAGACCAACCAUGAACGGCCUGACGGAGAUGUCGGUGAAGUGCGUCCUGGUCGGGGACAGCGCAGUUGGCAAGACGGCCCUGCUGGUCCGCUUCACCUCAGAGACUUUCCCGGACACCUACAAGCCCACAGUGUUUGAGAACACAGGGGUGGAGGUGUACAUGGACGGGGUUCAGAUCAGCCUGGGGCUGUGGGAUACGGCGGGCAACGACAACUUUCGACAGAUCCGACCGAGAUCUUACCAGCACGCCGACGUUGUUCUCAUUUGCUACUCCGUGGCCAACCCGAACUCGCUGGCCAACGUCCAACAUAAGUGGAUCGCUGAGGUUCGAGAGUACCUGCCCAAGGUGCCGGUGUUGGUCGUGGCCACCCAGACGGAUCUGCGGGAGUUUGGGGCGUAUCGGGGGAACUGUAUCACAGCGGCUGAGGGCAGACAAGUGGCUCAUGAAGUCCACGCUAAAGGCUAUCUAGAGUGCUCAUCCUUGAGCAACCGCGGCGUCCAACAGGUGUUUGAGUAUGCGGUGCGGAUGGCCGUGAACCAGGCCAAAAAGCAGGCCAGGCGACGCAUGUUCAGCAUGAACCAGUGCAAGGUCUUUUGACCCUUGACCUUGACUUGGCGGGCACCUGACCAUUCGUAAAACGACUUUUCCAAUAAGACGGCUUGUCUUAGCGUGCUGUUCAAACUCAGAGAGGGGUGGAGGUACAAGAAUCCACGUUUCUUACGUACAUAAGGUUAUUUUUCACUAACGGGGUGCCCUGGCCUCCCCUAAACUCAAACCUUGUUUAGAAAUGAGAUUACGGUGAUUUAAUCAAGACCCUAACAGACACCUCAUGCAGAUAUACACAGGUGGAAGCUGUGUAGCUUUGUGUGACUGAGGUGGAGACAUAAAGUUCAUGUUUGAUUCUUGUUUUGUAAGUGAACCGCAGUGCAUCACACGGAGGAAUUUCAAACAUCAUCAGAUUAUGAACUUUUUGCUGUGAAAGGACUUUUUUUUUGAUUGAAAGCAUUUGAAGCUUUAAUACAUGACACAACAUAUAAUUUCUCAAAGAGGGAAGUAUCCUAAUAUCUCAGUUUGUGGUUGGAUCAGCAAAUAAACUUUUGAAUUCCAGCGUAUGAUAAAUAAAACGUGCCUUUUACUACCAUGAAAGAAAUGACGCAACCAAGUCAUUUUUUUUUACAGUAUGAUUUCCACACGUGUCAGAAACAAACAAGUCUACUCUCGUGCUCCUAAAACUUUUAUUAAUAUGAAUUAAGUAAAUAAUGGUGAGUGCAUGUUGGCAUUUGUCUGGGCUGCAUCGGGCCCUACAUACAAAAUAUUAUCCAUUAUUCCUGUAGAGAAGAAAACAUUUCAUUAGACGAGACCAGGAAAUAAACUGUCAGUAGGUCAAAGGGUAGACAAACAUGUCUGCUGGUUUCUCUACGUUAAAUGUGUAUUUUAUAUAUAUAAAUCUGUCAAAUCUAUUUAAAACAUGACUGUUUUUGUAUUGUUUGAAAUGUUUACUCAGACACCGGCUGUAUUAAAAUCACUGAGGGUUGGUAGAAGAUCCAAACAUGUACGAAAGAAAUUACUAGAACAAAGUAAAGGGACAUUUUAACCGGUACAGUGGAUUACUUGUGCAUUGUAUUAUUAUUUCUAAAACCUAUAAGACGAAUAUUAAUACACGACCUGUGUUGCUACCUGUGUGUCUUACAAACUGUCCCUGUUGUUACUUUCCAUGAAUUAAAACUAAGGAUUUAACAUUGGCAGAGUAUUGUUUUAU